UACAGGCAAUGUCACUCCUGUGCCUUUCCUUCACGAACUACCACUACCACCACCAUCACCACCACCACCACCACCACCACCACAACCAUCACCACCACUACCAACACUAACGCGACGGAGAUAAAUAUAGCACAAAACAAGCACUACAUACUAGUACUGGCACGUGGCACAGCAGAACAUCAGCACAAUGACUAGCUUUGCGCUGCUGUCUUUCCUGGGAACCCUGGCCAUGGUGACGGCGACGGACGUCAAGCCAGCAAGUAAAUGGGUGGAGUGCGAGAGCCCCUUCACGCAGGUGGGAGGCCGCUGUGUGCAUCUUGAACACAGCACUUCCGGUACGUGGCACGAAAUGCGAAAGUUCUGUCAGGACCUUGGGGGUGACCUGGUUAAUCUUUCUGAUCUACAAUUCUUCGGUGACAUCAUUUUGUACAUUGAGAGCUUGGAUCUGCCAUCCAUGCAUUUCUGGAUCGGUGCCACGGACGAAGCAACGGAAGGCCUCUGGAAGUGGACGGACGGGUCGGCUGUCAGGAUGGGCACACCUUAUUGGGCCAACACGGGUGCGAGCAACUCCCAAAUGCCUACAGGAGGAACAGAACAAAACUGUGCAAUGCUCGAUGUAAACAUGCAUUACUAUUUCAAUGACUUUUUCUGUACACAAACAUAUAUACGUCCAAUAUGCGAGAAGUAAGAAAACAGUUAUUUAGUGAUAAACUCAUACAAUCUAACUUUUGAUCAUAACGAAAUGAAAUGGAAUUAACAGACUAGAAUAAAUUUUAGUCAUAUACUCUCUCUCUCUCUCUCUCUCUCUCUCUCUCUCUCUCUCUCUCUCUCUCUCUCUCUCUCUCUCUCUCUCUCUCUCUCUCUCUCUCUCUCUCUCUCUCUCUCUCUCUCUCUCUCUCUCUCUCAAAUUCAAAUUUAAAACAUUUAUUGCCAAUUAUAAUAACACAGUAAUGUAAUACAAAGAUAUGUGUAUCAUGGCAGGACCCGUUAAUGAUAACAUUUUUACAAGCCCUCAACAUUUUUACAGGCCCUUAAUUUUUCAUAUCACCUAUUACUUUGACCUUAGCCAACAAAUUUGAACUUAAAAUUGUUGAAAUACAGUAAAACAUGAAAACUUUCUUUGUAACAAUUUGACUAACUAAAGAUAUUUUAUCACAUCCAUAUAUAUAUAUAUAUAUAUAUAUAUAUAUAUAUAUAUAUAUAUAUAUAUAUAUAUAUAUAUAAAUAUAUAUAUAUAUAUAUAUAUAUAUAUAUAUAUAUAUAUAUAUAUAUAUAUAUAUAUAUAUAUAUAUAUAUAUAUAUAUAUAUAUAUAUAUAUAUAUAUAUAUAUAUAUACAGUCAACUAUAAUACAAACAUACAUAUACAUACACAGACAUACUACUCAUAAGUACUCCUACAUUGAUAAUUCAAUAUAGUUUUCCCCAACACCUAAUAAUCUUCUAAUAUUAACUGUUUCAACUUAAUUUUAAAAGUUUCCUUAUUAUGUAUUUCUUUUACACUUUCUGGUAAGGCAUUAUAUUGUAUACAUCCAUAAUAAGUUACGAAGCGUUUUUGGAGUUCAGUAUGUGGAAAUAUCGGUCUCAGGUUGUGUCUGUGUCUGGUAUUUAUGUUGUGUAUGUCCGAGGCUCUCUAUAAAUGAAUGACAUCUUGUCUGUGCAACUGAUCUUAUAUUAGUUUUAAAACAUUCUGAUUCGCAUAUAUCAGAAAUUUUUAAUAUUUUUAGGUUUAUAAAUAAAGGAGCUGUGUGUUCAUAAACACCAACAUUACUCAGUGCACGUACAAUUCUCUUUUGAGUCAGAACUAGGGAAUUCAGUGUAGUCUUCGUGGCCAUACCCCAGACAACAUUACAAUAUUGCAGAUACGGAUCAAAUAAAAGUAAUAGAUAAUAUAUAAUGCAUCAAUAGAUAACAACUUCCUAAUUUUGUACAGUAUUCCUAAUGAUUUUGAUAACUGAUCAUUUAUAUACUCAACGUGUUCACUCCAAACAAGUUUAUCAUCUACUACUACUCCUAAAUAUUUAACUGAACGAACCCUCUUUAUUUCUUGCCCACAAAUUAAUACGAGUCUCACCGAAGUUUCUGUUACCGUAGAAUACAAGAUAAUUUGCUUUUUUGCACGUUUAAUGAAAGUUUGUUGUUUAAUAACCAAGAAGAUCUUUUAUUAAGUUCAGAAUUUACAGUCAUAGUCAGGGAGUUUCUGUCGAUAUCAAUAUAUGUAAUAUUUGUAUCAUCAGCAAAAAUUGUAAAACUCAAUGAUUGUGAUGACUUAAUUAUAUAAUUUAUGUAGAGCAAAAAUAACAAUGGACCAAGUGUAGAGCCUUGUGGCACUCCUGUCGUGACAUUGAUGUAAUCAGAGGUUGUAUUGUUAAGAACUGUACAUUGUAAUCUGUUGCUCAAAUAAUUCCUAAACCAGU